UACUGGGAGCCUGCUUUUAAAAAUGUUCCUGGGAGAGGAAGAGAGUAAGGAGAUUAUUUUCCAAACACUUCCUCAUUCCUAACCAUCCUAUAUGUGUGGUCUUGAGAAGGGGUGGGAGGCCAGCUCUCCUGGUGCAAGUUUUGAGAAUCUAGGUUUUGAGUGAGGCGCUCUGGUGACCCAGACCAGGCAUGUGUAGAAACUCUGGCCUUUCCUGGCCCCUGGGAGAGUGGUUUUGUGAGUGCAAAGCCCUUGUUCACAGGAACCCACCACACUGGAACCCCAGCUGGCAAAGCAGGGAAUGAGUGGCAGGGUUCUCCUCACCCACAGCCAACACCCUUGCCUCCUCAUGAUCAGACUGUCCUCACUGAGCUGCACCCUGGGAAGUCACUUUCUGUGUCCAGGCACUGGACUGGACCUUGGGCUCAUCAUUUUACCUUGAAACACUGAGCUGCUGUGGGGUAGAAAUAUUGGCCCCUGUACCCAGUGCUCAUUCGGUGUUGGGAGGCAUUGCCAUGGACACAGGGUGUGUCUGACAGGAAGGAAGUAGACCUGGGGCACAGGCAGCCUCUCACAGAAGCCUUGCUCCCCUUGUAUCCAGCAUUGCUCUACCCUGGCUGCAUGUUUCUUUGUGGUGCUGAGGGUCAGACUCAGAGCCUUGUGCAUGCUAGGCAAACUGAGCUACAACCCCAGAAAAACUUUUAAAAUGGAAACUGCUGGGCUUGGGCCUGGGAAUCUGACUCAAGUCAGGGAGGGGUCCAGGAGCCAGCUGGAAUGCUUUUGAGGGCACAACCUCUUGUGUCCUGCUGGAAGUUCUGCUCUGGAUUCUGGAGACCCCAGGCUUCUAUUUGCUUGUGCUUCAGGGCCAUUCAUGCUUCAUGCUGGCAUGAAGGAGUCUCUGGGACUGCUUCAAGGCCCUCUACGUGCACAAGUUCAGAGCCAUGCUGGGGAAAAAUCGGCUCAUCUUUCCUGGUGAAAAGGUGCUCUUGGCAUGGUCUGGGGGUCCUUCGUCCAGCUCCAUGGUCUGGCAGGUACUUGAGGGCCUGAGUCAGGAUUCUGCCAAAAGACUACGUUUUGUGCCAGGGGUUGUCUAUGUUGACGAGGGAGCAGCCUGUGGUCAGAGCCCAGAGGACAGAGCAAAGACUCUGGCUGAGGUGAAGUCAGUCCUACAGAACAUCGGCUUUCCGUGGCACACAGUUGCUUUGGAAGAGGUAUUUGGCCUGCCACCAGCAGUGCUGCAGGGCUCUGCCCAGGAGCCAGUGGGGACGGAGGAGGCCUACAAGUCUGCUGUGGACAGCUUCCUCCAGCAGCAGCAUGUGCUGGGUGGGGAACAGACACACCAGCCCCACACCCAGGACUCCCCGGGGCCCUGCAGCCUGGGCAGGUCCCCCACAGCCACCCAGACUGCGGCCCUCUGCAGACUGUUCGGCUCUGUGAGGACACUCACAGCCAAGGAGGAGCUUCUUCAGACCCUGCGGACCCACCUCAUCCUGCACGUGGCCCGAGUCCAUGGCUACUCCAAGGUGAUGACCGGGGAUAGCUGCACUCGCUUGGCCAUUAAGCUCAUGACCAAUCUGGCCCUGGGGAGAGGGGCCUUCCUGGCUUGGGACACGGGCUUCUCGGACGAGCGGCAUGGGGAUGUGGUGGUGGUGCGCCCCAUGCGGGACCACACGCUGAAGGAGGUUGCCUUCUACAACCGCCUGUUUGCUGUCCCCUCUGUCUUCACACCAGCCAUUGACACUAAGGCCCCCGAAAAGGCCAGCAUCCACCGGCUGAUGGAGGCCUUCAUCCUGAGGCUGCAGACCCAGUUCCCCUCCACCAUCAGCACUGUGUACAGGACAAGUGAGAAGCUGGUGAAGGCCCCCCGGGAGGGCUGUGCUGCCGGCCCCGCAGGGCCCCGCUGUCUCCUGUGCUUGUGCGCGCUGGACGUCGACACUGAUGACAGCGCCACAGCUUUUGGAGCCCAGACCUCGCGUCUCUCCCAGACACUGCUGUCCACCCCGCCAGCUGAGGCCGGGACAACCACAGGGCCUGGCUGCGUUGCAGGGGAGGGCCAGGCCUGCUGCAGGGUAGCCUGCAAGAAGGGUGUCCAGGCCCAGGUCAUGGGACAGCUGUGCUAUGGCUGCCGGGUGAACAUGAAGGACCUGCCUUCUCUGGACCCUCUGCCCCCCUACAUCCUGGCCGAGGCCCAGCUCCGCAGCCAGAGGGAUUGGGUCAUGCCGGAGGUCCAGGAGUACCUGAUCGAGGACAGUGACUCUGAGGCAGAAGAUGCGCUCGCCCAGCCCCCGGGAGCAAGGCUGACCACACAGGAGCAGGGAGGCGAGAAUGCAGGGACUGGCCUGUGACUGUCCAUGUGUAUAAAUAAAAAUGUUUUUAAUUAGAAAA